UCAUUUAAUUUCUUUCUGCUGCUGUCAGCGAUGGCGUCUGCUGAUCUGAGAGCUGAGCUGGAAUGUUCCGUCUGUCUGAACAUUUAUACCGAUCCUGUAACCCUGAGAUGUGGUCACAACUUCUGCCGGGUCUGUAUGGAUUGUGUGCUGGAUACACAGGGGGGGUCUGGAGGAUAUUCCUGUCCUGAAUGCAGAGAGAAGUUUCCGGAUCGUCCUGCACUGCAGAGGAACAUGAAACUACGUAACAUAGCAGAGACUUUCCUGUCUGCUCAGCCAGAAUCGGAGGAGUCCGGGGUCUUCUGUACUCACUGUGUGGACUCUCCUGUACCUGCUGUUAGAUCCUGUCUACACUGUGAGGUUUCUCUGUGUGAUAAACACCUGAGAGUCCACAAAAAGUCCCCAGAACACGUCUUAUGUGACCCCACCUUGUCCAUGGAGAGCAGGAAAUGCUCCGUCCAUAAGAAGAUCCUGGAGUAUUACUGCACUGAGGAUAAGACCUGUGUCUGUAUGUCUUGUUAUGUGAUUGGAGGACAUAAAGGACAUGAGAUGGAGUCACUGGAUGAGGCUUCUGAGAAGAAGAAGGCGACACUGAGGAAUGUUCUGCAGAAACAUCUGACAAAGAGAGAGGAGACGGAGGAAAGAGUCCAGAGUCUGCAGGAACACAGGAGGAAAGUAGAAGAAGAAGCAGCUGGUGACACCGAGAGAGUCACUGUCCUGUUUAGAGAUCUCAGGAGACGUCUGGAAGAUCUGGAGAAGAGAGUCCUGAGGGAAAUCUCCGGGAGGGCAGAGCGGAUCUCCAUCUCCAUCCGGGAUCUGGAAAUAAAGAAGGAGGAGCUGUCCAGGAAGUUGCGUCACAUUGAGGAGCUGUGUAACAUGACGGAUCCACUGACUGUCUUACAGGAAUCAGACACAGGUGACUUGUGUGAUACUGAGGAUGGAGAUAAUGAGGACAGCGAGAGACAUGAGGAGCUCCUCCAUGAUGGAGGGGGUCUGGGUGUGGCGGGGGUCUUACACACAGGUUUAUCUGAUAUAAUAACAGAGGUAAAUGUAUACUUCCCCAUACAGGGAGCUGCAGACAUAUUACUGGAUGGAAACACGGCUAGUAAUGAUCUACAGAUAUCAGAUGACAGGAAAACUGUAUCCAGGUCACAUAGAAAACAGAAUCACCCAGAAACACCAGAGAGAUUCCAGGAUUGGACACUUCAGGUGUUGAGCAGUCAGAGUUUCUCCUCAGGGAGACAUUACUGGGAAGUGGAUGUCGGGGGAUCUGAUAACUGGAGAGUUGGGAUGUGUUACCCCAGUAUAGAGAGGGGAGAAUUCCAGUCAUUGAUUGGAUGGAAUAAGAAGUCCUGGGGAUUGUACUGGGGUGGUGAUCAGUAUUCUGUGAUACAUGACUGGGAAGAUACCCCCUUAUCAACCGAUCUCUCCAGUAACAGAGUCAGGAUAGAUCUGGAUUAUGAGGCCGGGCGGAUCUCCUUUUAUGAUCUGUGUGAUCCGAUCCGACACCUCCACACCUUCACCACCACCUUCACUGAGCCCCUCCAUGCUGGGUUAUGUGUAGGGGGAGGUUGUAUAAAGAUAUCUGGGGGGAGGGGGGAGAUGUGAG